UUUGACAUUUCCCCUUUCAGUGCUCCGGUAAGAAACCAGGAGUUCAAGCCCGUCUUUCCAAGCCGGAAGCAUCUCUACCUAGCCAAAGAGCUCAGGACUCAGUUUGCAGACGUCACUGAAGACCAAGCACUCAUGCUUCAUGAUAAGCUAGAAGCUAUGGAAAAGAAGCGACUUGAAAGGAGUGAGAACAAGUUCCAAUCGAUCCGCACCAACGUUCACAUCAGCUCUCAGCUGGCUUUACUCAAGGAAGCCGGACAGGACAAAGAUGAAUUGCUAGCAGAAGAAAAUAAACGAAAGAAGAAACUGGAAGAUGAGAGCAAAUGGUACCAAGAGUUGGUGCGGAACCUUCCAGCUGAUAUCAGCAAUGACAGACCUUGCAUGGCCAUACUGGACAAGCUACAGAGCCUUGGGAAGAUUGAGAGUAGGAAAGCAACACCUCAGAAGUUCCUCAAUGUCUUAGCUGGUCUGAGACAUUGGGAGAUCUGUUCACCAGAUAUAAGUGCAGCCAUAGAGUUUGUUCGAGAGAAGGUUGUUGGGAUGGCGGUGGAGGAGUUUGAAGCCUGGUACCAGGCAGAGAUGCCAAACAUCGCUCGGUCCAAGAGCGCCCCACCAGCUACGACAUGAUCCUAUCCAGC